UCCGAAAAGUCCAUUUCAAGGGUACGGUGUGCUCGUACAGGACAACGCUCCUGCUCACAAGAGUGUAUACACGACCCACGUUCACAGUCCUGGAAUGCUAGGCUCCUCGACUGGCCGGCAGAAUCGCCUGACUUGAAUCCCAUAGAACUUGUGUGGGGCAAUAUGAAGGCGUUCAUCAGAAAGCGAAAUAUCCGAACCGUGGAAGAACUGAGGAAAGCAGUUCUUGUUUGUUGGAAAACACGCACGCCUGAAGUUUGCACAAGGUAUAUCUCGGGAGUCUAUAAGAGGCUCCAUCGCGUGGUCGAACAAGAGGGAAGGAAUAUCUUA